UUCAUAAGAGGGAACAUUUCAAAUCGUGAACAAGAGGCGCUUCAGAGCAGCUGAGAGGAAUUUCAUCAUACAAACAAUGCAGCGAGCUGGGAAAGGGAGGACUCCUCGAAGGCCCAAAAAGCCAAGCAACAUAGAGAAAGAUCCUGUGGGGGUUUAUUGCCGCAUACGUCCACUUGGUGCAGAAGAUGAGGAAUGCUGUGUUGAGAUGAUCAGCAGCUCCACCAUUCAGCUUCAUGCUCCCGAUGGACUGAAAGCAAACCGCAAUGGUGAAUACAAGGAGACACAGUACUGCUUUAAGAAGGUGUUUGGUAUUAAAACAACUCAAAUUGAGCUGUUUGAAGAUGUCGCCAAGCCACUCAUUGAGGACCUCAUUCACUGUAAAAACGGUUUGCUGUUUACAUACGGUGUGACAGGAAGUGGUAAAACGUACACUAUGACCGGCUCGCCUGGAGAAGGUGGACUCCUUCCUCGUUCUCUAGACAUGCUCUUCAACAGCAUCGGGCCUUUUCAGGCCAAAAGAUUUGUGUUUAAACCUGAUGAGAAAAAUGGAAUCGAGGUUCAGAACCAGCUUGACGCUCUGCUCGAGAGACAGAAGAGAGACAGCCAGCAGUCGCUUCUCAAAACGCCGUCUUCCAGGCACCGGGCGGAUCCGGAGUUUGCGGAUAUGAUCAACCCAGAACAAGCGUGUAAAUUCGAGGGCGUCGACGAAGACUGCUGCUACAGCGUAUACGUGUCCUACAUUGAGAUCUACAACAACUAUAUCUAUGACCUCCUCGAAGAUGCUCCGUUUGAUCCAAUCAGACCAAAGCCACCUCAGUCAAAGAUUCUUCGUGAAGAUCAGAAUCACAACAUGUAUGUGGCCGGCUGCACAGAAGUUGAAGUCAAAUCCACAGAAGAGGCUUUUGAAGUCUUCUGGAAAGGACAAAAGAAGAGACGGAUAGCGAAUACUGAGCUCAACCGAGAGUCCAGCCGCUCCCACAGUGUGUUCACAGUGAAACUGGCCCAGGCACCUCUAGAUGCUGAUGGGGACCAUAUACUGCAGGACAAAAGCCAGGUGAAUGUGAGCCAGCUGUGCCUGGUUGACCUGGCGGGCAGCGAACGCACCAACAGAACCAGAGCAGAGGGAAGUCGCCUUCGAGAAGCAGGUAAUAUUAACCAGUCCUUGAUGACCCUGCGGACAUGUAUGGAGGUCCUGCGUGAAAACCAGAUGUGUGGAACUAAUAGGAUGGUGCCCUACCGAGACUCUAAAGUCACACAUUUGUUUAAAAACUACUUUGAUGGAGAAGGAAAAGUCAGGAUGGUUGUCUGUGUUAAUCCCAAAGCUGAGGAUUAUGAAGAAACCUUGCUGGUAAUGCGCUUUGCUGAGAUGACCCAGGAAGUGGAGGUGGCUCGGCCGGUGGACCGUCCGAUCUGUGGCCUGACGCCGGGGCGCAGGCAGAGGAACCAGGCGUUCAAAGAUGAGCUGUCACGCCGACUGGAAGAAAGAGGGGGUCCAGUUAACGGAGAUCCAGUUCAGCUGAACCAGCUCAUUGAAAGCCUCCCACCGCUGCCUCCCUGCGAGCUCUCGGAUCCCUCUGAUGAUCAGACGUUGCCCCGUCUGAUGGAGGUUCUGGAAAGACGGUACCGUAUCCGUCAGAAGAUGACUGAACAGUUCAACCAGAACGAUUUAACGGAGAGGCGAGUGAACGCCAAGCAGCUGGAGCUGCAGAACAAGUUGUGGGUGAAGGACGAGAAGCUGAAGCAGUUAAAAGCCAUCGUGACUGAGAACGGCGGCGCUAGCGGCGGUCCCGCAGAGCCGCCGAGGAAGCCGGAGAGACCCUCCAGAGAGAGGGAUAGAAACGUUGCUCAGAAGCGCUCAGCUUCUCCUACACCUCUCUCUGAUUUAGGCCAAACACCUCUCAGCCAAAACCGAGCCAGUGUUAGGGGAGUUCAGGACCCCGUCCCCACCUCCGCUCCCUCCUCCUCCUCCUCCUCAUCAUCAUCCUUUCCCUCGGUCGCCUCCUGCAUUUCAGAUUGGGAGCAGAGGUUCCCUUUAGACUCAGGCAGCCAGUCUAGACAACCAGGAACGCCCCAGUUUGCCAGCAGGACUCCCACCCCAUGCCACGGCGCCAGCAGCGUGGGUCGCAGGAGAGGCCAGCGCUGGGCCCCAGAGACUGAGGCCCCUCAUGCAGCGUCUGUCUAUGAGCUAAACAAAGAGGCAGGCACAAGGACGGUUCCUCCGGUUCAUCCAAUGCACAGGCGCUCACACUCUGCGGGUGGGGAGAAAUGGGUAGACCACAAACCGGCCUCUAAUUUGGAUCUAGACACUGUAAUGCAGCCAAUCAUACCCAAUGCGAUCAAGGUGUCGACCCCGAACGAGAAAGCUCUGUCUAAAUGCCACAAGUAUGUCCUUAGACACCAAGAGCUUGCCUCUGACGGGGAGAUCGAGACCAAAUUGAUAAAGGGCAAUGUUUUUAAGACCAGAGGUGGAGGACAAGCAGUGGAGUUCACUGAUAUUGAGACUCUAAAGCAAGAAGACCCGACGGCACCAAGUCGCAAAAGGCGAUCUGGUUCUAGAGAGGGACCAGCUCAAACAGACGACAUUGAAAACAGGCCUCCAGUGGCAAACAUCAGUUCAAGCCAUGGGUAUCAAAAACGGAGAAGACCUUAAGGUGCUGCAGAGUUGGGGUUUUUUUUCAUUAUUUUGUUUUUCUCUUCCCUAAACAUUCAAACUGUUGCCUGUCAAAUCAGUAAAGAGGGAACUAUGCAUCUGACAGUUGUAGAACCUUUCUGCUAUUCCUGAUUAUAUUAAGCUUUACUAUGGUGCAAUUAUAAUUUAAUCAUCGCUUAAUGAUAUGUAAAGUGUUAUUUGUUGGAUUUCUUUUCUACAAAUAAGUGCUUUUUUUUAUUGCUCAUUGAAUGCUGGAAGACUGAGAGGUAGUUAAUGACCACAUGACUGAUUGUACUUUGUGUCUUUUGUCUGCUUUAUGCUGCCACCCAACGUAUCUGUGCUGUGGAAAUGUUUUUAUUUUUGUUUGUUUUUUUUUGUCUUUGCUUAUUUUUUUUUUCCCUCGCGUCUUUUGAUGUAUUAAAUGUCGAGGUGUUACUGUACACAUCUGAUCGCAAAAAACUAUUUUUAGGAUUUUCUGCACGUGGACCUGCAGAUGUAAAAACGCAGUGCUGCUGUCGCGCAGUGCAGCUGACCCCUUGUAAAUAACCUUUUUAUCUUUUCUAAACAAGUGUAGCACACUAGGACUUUUGGUGGCAUUAAAUUUAUUUGGACACCAUGUUGUAAUUACCAUUCUGUCCUCAAGUGAUUUUUGUUUUAUUUUCGGACCUCGAGCCAUUCCGAGUUUGGUUGGCUUGGUUUGAACCUUGUUUGGAAUGGUUUCAGGUCUGAAAGUGAAGUGGAGUAAAGCCCAGUCACCUCUGUACAUGCAAACGUAUUGGAAAUGGUGCAAAAUUAAUUACCAAUCAAAAUAAAAAAAAAAAGGUUUUUUCAAA